AUGGCUACUGCUGAGUUCCCAUACACUCUCUGCGUCGAGGGCCAGUGGGAUCCCCGCACUCCCAAACUAAAAAACAAGCUUAUUGUCUAUUUCCAGAGUAAGAAAUCCAACGGAGGUGACUGUGAUGUGGAAUACCCUGUUUCUGGCGGGCAGACAGCAACUGUUCGAUUCAAAUCAAAGGAAGUGAGACAGCGGGUUCUGGACAAACAAACACAUGAGCUCAUGAUUGGUCAAAAAACAGUGAAAAUGACUCUGAGUCUUCCGUCAUCAGAGGACUCAGUUCCUCAGGAAUCAACUUCUUCAGCUGGCACAAUCACAGCAGGUGAACCACAGAGUGAAGAAAAAGAGAAGUUUGAGCCACCUGAGGAAACAAAAGAAGAUACAACCCCUAGAUCAGUUGUAAUUGAAAACAUCCAAAACAAUGGUCAAGAGUUUCUCACAAUGCUGGUGGAAAAUGUGCUGAAAGGAUCUUCUGUUGAGUCAAAGGACUUCAGCAUUGAAACAGUACCAGAGACCAACUGUGCUGUGGUGACAUUUUCCGGCAUUUCCCGCAAGGAUGCAGAACAGUUCCUUUUAUCCUCUCCAAGCAAUGGAAUAAUUAAGAAGAAAAACAUGAAAGUCCGAUUGCUUGAGAUGACUUCAAAGGUGAAAGCUGAAGGCUUACCUCCAAACUCAAACUCUGACUUAAUCAUGCUCUAUUUUGACAAAUUUGCAGAAGUAGAGGAUGAUGGGGUAGCAUUUGAAACAGAUCAGUCAGCAAUAAUCACUUUUAAAAAUCCUGAAGAUGUGCAAAAAGUCCUCAAAGAGCAACAUCUGCUUAAAAAACAGCCUUUCAGAGUACUGCCAUACUAUGAAACACUACAAACAGCUCUAUAUGGUAAAGACAGACCCACCAUGACACUUCCAGAGGCAUUUAUUGAGAAGAUUGAUAGAACUGUAUGGCACCACUUAAAGGAAAACAGGAAAUCUCUGGAUUUAGUCAGGCAAGCUAUGUCCGGUCAUUUUUGUGAGAUGGAUUUUCAAUCCUCAGCAGUGAAGAUCAGUCCUUCUCAAUCCCUACUUAACAAUGGUGCGCAGACAAGAAAACUCAUUCAGACAUGGAGAGAAAAUGCCCUCUCUGUGUUCUUAGCAUCAAUGUCUAAGUUUAAAUCUACUGAGCUCCAAAUUCCGAAGCAUGCAUGGACAGACAUACAACCUGAAAUUGAAAAAGCAGAAGUGGGAGAGGCUGUCACACUGGUUCCCUAUAUGGAUGAAGGAACAAUAGCUGUAGCCGGCCUAAAAGAAGAUGUGAACAGGAUUGAGGGAAUCCUGAAAGAAACUGUUGAGAAAAUGACCCAAAGAAUUCAAAGAGAGACAGGCAGUAAGACAGAUGAAAUCAAUAUGACUCCAUCCAUUUACAAGCUUGUUCUCUGUGAUGGUCUGGAGCAGCAAAUUUGUGACAAAUUUCCAGAAAUGAACAUUACAUACAAUGUACACAGCCGAAAGUUAACCUUCUACGGUCUCAAAUAUGAGGUGCUGGAAACAAAGAAUAAGAUACUGCAGGCUGUUCUUAAUUUGAUUCGUAAACCAGUUGAGCUCCACCAGUCUGUUUUAGAUUUUCUGCACACAAAGGAUGUAGAGGAAAUGACCAGUGAUUUGCUUUCUAACAAAGGAAUCAAUGUGGCGUUAGAAGCUGAUGGAAAGAGAGUUUGGCUUGUUGGGAAAACAGACGAGGCCUUGAAUGUUGGUGAGAAGCAACUGCAGACAGAUCUGGGUCAUCUGAGCUUCAAUUUAGAAGAUCCCAGUGUUCUAGGAAAAUCAGACUGGCAUGACCUUGUCUCUCGCAUAAAAAACACUGUCACAAAUGUUACAGUACAGAUAACUGUCAACCAGGUGGUGAUUUCUGGCUUUGUAGAUUGCAUUAAUGACGUUGAACAAGAGUUAUCUAAUUUUGUUCAGGAAAACUCUCACUUUGAGAGAACUCUGAAAUCUCACAAGACCGUUGUCACAUUCUUAAAGGAUUAUAAAAAGCAGGAUUGGUCUGAAGAGGUGAAAGGUAAAGUGAAUGUGGACUUCAAAGAUGAAGACAUUGUGAUCAGUGGCUCAAGGCUUUAUGUCUCUAAGUGUGUGCCUUUAUUUGAGGGCUUGCUUAGCUCUGCACAUCACUGCACCAUGAAAAUAGUUAAACCAGGGGCAAAGAAGUUUUUCAAGGAGAAAGAGUUAAUGUGGGUUGCAUAUGCCAAGACAAAUAUGAAUUGUUUGGUCCAGUUACUAGAUGAGUAUGACCACCCACAUGACACAGUUCAAUCACGGAUAAUAAAACCUAUUUAUGAAUAUAAAACACAUGAAGGAAUGGAGAUCACGGUAAACAAAGCUGACAUGUGUUCAUUUCUAGUGGAUGCAGUGGUCGGUGUGUGCAAAGAGACCCUCCUACUUGAUGGAGGUUUAGCAAAGGCCCUCUCAGAUGCUGCUGGUCCUAAAUGUCAGGAUGCCUUUAAACAGAUUGUCAAACGGCAGAAGCUGCCAACAAAGAAAACUGAAGCUGCAGUGAAGAUAGUUUAUGGGGUCAGUGCGCUUACUCAUAGCAUGAUAUCUGGAAGAAGUUCAAGCAGCCAGCAGCAAAACCAAAACCAAGCAAGUUCUUCUCCAAGCCAACACCAGACAACCGCACACUUUCAAGGAGCAUCACAAAGUUUUCAGACAAAAGAAGGUUUAACAAUAACCCUUAUGAAAGGAAACAUUGAGGACACAACAAUGGACAUUGUUGUGAACACUCUCAGCAGUGACCUGAAUUUCAGCGUAGGCGCGAUUUCAGAUGCGCUUCUCAAAGCAGCUGGUCCUCAGCUUCAGGUUCUGCUCAAUCAGCAAGUCACAGGCUCUGCCAACAAUGGAGCAGUCUUUAAAACAGCCGGUGCGAACCUGAAGAACAAACUGGUGUUCCAUGCAGUUGUACCCCACUGGAAUCAGGGGCAAGGGAAUGAGCAGAAGGUGCUGGAGGAUAUCAUGGAUAAGUGUUUGGGUCUGGCGGAGCAGCAGCAGCAGAGCUCCAUUGUAUUCUCUGCCAUUGGCACAGGAAACCUGGGGUUUCCAAAGCCAUUGGUGGUCUGCACUAUGCUGGACUCAGCAUUCAAGUUUAGCAGUAAAAGAAGUUCAAAGCAUAUGCAGGAAGUGGUAUUUGUUCUUCACCCCAAAGAUACCCAAACCAUUCAGGUAUUCACAGAUGAGUUUAGCAAGAGGUUUUUGGGCCAGUCUGCCUCAGCAAGUAACCCCACACAGCCACAGAGCACAGGCCCCUUCUCAAAGGUCAGAACGGAAUCUGGGAUUCAUGAGACUACCGUGGGAGGAGUAACUCUUCAGGUCCUUAAUGGUGAUAUUACUUUAGAGAAAACUGAUGUCAUUGUGAACUCCAGCAAUACAGAGUUUACAGCGAAAUCAGGUGUCUCAAAGGCUAUUUUGGAUAAGGCUGGUCCAAACGUAGAAACUGAGUGCCAGCAACACAGGACCAAGACUAAGAGUGGACUGAUAAUGACUCAAGCCGGGAAUUUGCAGUGUAAAAAGAUCAUCCACAUUUCAGCACAAAGUAAUGCUGUUAUGAUCAAAAAACAUGUUAAAAAGGCUCUGGAAAUAUGUGCCAAGGAAAAGUUCACUUCCAUUGCAUUCCCAGCUGUUGGUACAG